UCUAGAAGUGCGCAAAAUAAUUCUAAUUUGGCUCGCUAUAAGUUCAUGUCCACGAGGCAAACUUUGACGAAUAUCGUCAACCGACAACCAUCUAGAUUGUCACUGUCUAGCCUAAUUUACGAUUUUCUUGGCUUGGCACAACUGGAUAUUCACUGCAUGUGCUCAAAAUAACCACAACUGCUAUUUCACCAUUUCAUUGAGGCAUGUCCUCACUUUCGAACAGGCAUUCACCGCGCUUUAGCCCGCCACAGUCAGCGCAGCCUUAUAGGUCCAUUUUCGGAGGCCCUAGCAGCCAGGAUGUUGCUGAUUUGGCACCCUACCCAGAGCCUGGCUUUGGUGGAGGAGAUGGCCAAGCAGACCUUGAUAUGGUCAUGGAAGAGGAACCGUUGAUCGAGAACGGUCUCUCCGACGCUACGUACGUCGAGAGUGAUGACGGCGGAUCUGCCUCAGAUGGGAGUAGCUAUGCAUCUCGCCAUCAGUCACCCGAAAAGAAGGUUCCGGAUCGUAUUGAGGAUUUCCAACGUGAAUCAGAGAGCCCAUCCGAGCCUUCAUAUCGUCCCAAUAGGUUUCGGGGGCCUGAAUCUACGUGGAGAAAAUUGACUGCCGAAGAGAGACAAAAUGCUCAAGCUCUGGAAGAUAUUCGAGCUAAGGAUCUUGCUGCGCAUCUAUACAAUGCUUAUGCACUCCGGGUCCGGGCUCGGGAAAUAGCAAGACGGGCAACGGAGACGAACGAACAACUACACGACGAGAUGGAGGCUUUUGCUCCCCCAAAGCGCUGGGCGGCGUGGCCUCUUCCUUCAGCAGAAGUACCGAGACCGGACGAGGAAAUUCGGAGCAGUGUGGAUGAUGUUUGGACGUUGAGAAUGCAGCCAGAUCCUCGACCGAGUGCCGAAUUGGAGGAAACUAUAAUGGCCAUCAUGCUCCAAACAGCAAAAGAGAGAUUCAUGGCCAGGGACUGGGAAUCUAAAGCGAGACCAUAUACCCCACUUCGAAGAAAAAGGUCGGCGUCUCAGAUUGAGACGCAAGAGGAAAGCACCGGCUGGGAGAGUGAGCGUGAUGGUAUGGAUGAAGUCCCGUUACGUCCUGCUGUUCAGACAGAUGACGACAAAUCACGUCGACAACUACGUCCGCUUACUCGGAAUAUACUAUCGCAACUCGACGAUCUACUCAUGGGACUUCACCGUGCCCGGAAGGGCGGAGUGGCCAUGGAUGACAGCUCCGCAAGUGAUUGGCAAACCGACACCGAGAGCAUGAUCUCAGUCGGAUUAUCUCCCAGGAAGAGAAAAAUCGCUCUCCAGAGAGAGAGGAGUCAGUCUAGAGGAAGAAAACGCACCCGACGGUCGUCCUGGAAAAGCGGUUCAAGCGAUGCUCGUUCUCAGAGCACGCAUGUUUUAAGCGAACCGGAAUCAAGCGUACUUGCCUCUUCCCAAGCGGAUUCACGCUACAGAUCACGGUCGCAACAUUCUUCCCGCUCACGGGGACGCUCAAUCGGUAGCGAUCGCCGACGGUCGGGGAGUCGUGCUCGCCUUGGGAUACGAGACUGGAGUGAGGUAUUGGGAGUCGCGUCCAUGAUAGGCCUGCCACCAGCUGUGGUGAUGCGGACAGCACAGAGAUGUUCGAACCUAUUUGGCGAAGAUAUGGCAUUCCAAGUCCUCAAAGAAGGGAAAGUCAACCAAGAUGUACAGGAUGAGGAUGCGAAGAUAUGGAGAUACGCAGAAAGCGAAUGGGAGUCCGAGCCGGAGCCUGAAUCCGAGGUUGAAAUCUCACAACCAUCUCGACCGGCAAGCAGACGGUCACGCUCUCGUGCCACUUCCACGAAGGGAUCUACAUCACGAGCCAACAGCACAGCACCAGAAGACGCCGGUGAUGCGCCUCGACCAAAAGGCAAAGGGGACCAUCGUAAGAAGGAUUUGGUAUGUCCUCUCCGGGCGUGUUCUCGACACAGCAAGGGCUUCUCGCGGAUGUGGAAUCUUAAUCUACACAUGAAGCGCAUGCAUCCGAAUUAUCGAUCUAAAAGUCUUGAUGGGCGAUCUUCGACCGGCACACAUGGUGAAGGAGAUGUAUAUGACGAGUAA